AUGAUCCGAACCAUUACCGGACGAGACUUGUGUGAGUUAUUUGAUGCCGAAGCUAGACGACACCUCGAACAUGAUAUAGAUGUGCCAUCUUUGCCUACCGCUCAAGGCUCCGUCAUCAUGUUCAUGAACAGUGCAUACUUCGGGCGAGACCGCGCAGGCGCCGUUUACCGACACCUAGGGUAUGAUAUGUUGGAUCGCCUUGCAAUCCCUGCAAGGCUUUCACAGAUUUCUGAUCCGGAAGAGAAAAGAGCAUAUUGUAGGGCUGUGUGGGGCGUCUAUUGCUACGAAAGCAUAUUGGCAGCACUGCAGAACAAGACGCCGGCUCUCCGAAAACCGACUGUCCCACGAUUGUUUCAUGAGCAAGUAGAACCAUCAGGGCCUGUUGAGAACGUCGAUCUAUUUGGCCAAGCAUUCACAAGCGCUUCACCUCGCCCUCAAUUCGCACCCGGGGUCCUGAGCGCAGCGUGCGAUCUGAAUAUAUUGCAGAAUGAAAUCAUACAGUACAACGAAGACUUGCUCAGGUCUGGGAACGAGAAUGACCUUACGAUAAGGAAAGGACUUUACAACAAGGUCUUAGCAUGGCGGAAGUCACUGCCAAACCAUUUAUUGAACGAGUUGAACUAUACCCCAGGUACUAGUCUGUUAAGAGUACACUACGAAGAGGUAGCCAUCUUCGCACUACGGUUCUUGCAUUAUAAGACCAAUUUCAUAGAUCACACAACAGUGGAUGAGCUCCGUGUCACACACUGUCAACGUAUCGUAGAGACAGUAGAGCAUCACUUCAAUACCCACCUACCAGGACAUUACUCAGCGAUGUUUCUCAACGCGCUAUACCACGCGUGCAUUACACUCAUACCAUCCCUGGACGACCCUCUCAGCCAACAGAUUUUCACUAGAGCCGCGAUAGGACUCCGUCGGGAGCCGCUAGAUCUGCCAGGACUAGUCUUUCCAAUCCGGGGGAUCGAGGCAGUUGCCCGAGGCAUGAAGAAAAGGAUACCUCCUGCGGCAAAGGCUUCGUUCAUUGCGAUCAAAGAACCAAUCGACACAGGCGAUAUCCUUAUCGAGUAUGGGUUUCCAUCGAAGCUAGAGUAUGUACAGAAUGGGCCCGAAGACGCAUCAAAAAGCGAUGGUGAUACGAGGGGAAGACUUAAUGCUCUGAUUCACAGGUGGAACGCUCUUACGCUGUAA